CAGAGCUCUAAACAGCUAGCCAGCUAGCCGAAGGAGGCUAAUAUUUCUCCUUCUCACAAAAUUGAGUCGACAGUAAGCUCUUUCUCUGAUUAUUAACGCAAAUAUACCACUCGGGCUCUAAGAAAGCAUUUGUGGUGGAGUUCUUGCCUUCCAAACACCGUGUUGUGAAGAAACGGAAGCGGCAAAAAAUAGCGAAAUAUACCGGCUGUGCCAGCAAACUGUAGCUGGCUAACGGUAGCUGCUAGCUUCGGGAGCGCAGCAAGUAAGGCGGCUGGCUAGGCAACCAUUACUGUAGAAGCGGCUUCAGACCGCCGGCUGUCGAGCUACCUGUGUCAGCCAGUUGCCAUAAUAGGAGGUUAAGUGUGAUUGGUGGCCCAUGAGGAAGCCACGUCGAAAAGGCCAAGUGGCCGCAGGAGGUGGAACUGAUGUCAGGAAGUCCAAUGGGACAGUUGGUGGGCGUGGGGGUGCACGCCAGCGAUCCCCAUCCCCUUAUAGCCUCAAAGCAUCUCCAAGCAGAGAAACCCUGACAUACUCCCAGGCCCAGAAGGUGGUAGAGGUGGAACUGGAUGGUAGGCUUCACCGCAUUUCUAUUCUGGAGCCCUUGGAGGUCAUCACAGACGAUGAGAUGAUGGCUCAGGACAUUAGUGAGUGUAACAGCAACAAGGAGAACAGUGAGCAGUCAUCAUCUCACACCAGCGGCGCCCAAAUAGUCCGCAAGCCUGUCACACCCCGAGGCCGCAGGAAAGACUCCAAAUGUCCUCCUGUCAAGUCUCCACCACCUUCCAAGAACCACUGCCCCAAUUCUCAUCCACAAACACCUGAAAAGUCUAUUGCAUCACACCAUCACCAUAUGAACCUUCCUGAACCCAAGUUUAAUGUGCUGGAAACCUUCACACCAGUCGAGGCACCUCCUCUGCCUACAGCAUAUUACCGUUACAUUGAGCGCUCAGCUGAGGAGCAGGAAACGGAGGCAGAAUAUGAUAUGGACGAAGAGGACACUGCCUGGCUGGAGAUGGUCAAUGCUGGCCGGACAUCUGAGGGUUACUCGGCUGUCACACCAGACACCUUUGAGCUGCUGUUUGACCGACUGGAAGACGAGGCGUACCGGGAAGCCCGCAGCCGGGCGCCCUCUCAGAGUGCUAUUGACGACGAUGCCUUCUGCUGCGUGUGCCUGGAUGAUGAGUGCCUUAACAGCAACGUCAUCCUCUUCUGCGACUCCUGCAACCUGGCUGUGCACCAGGAGUGUUACGGCGUGCCCUACAUCCCCGAGGGCCAGUGGCUGUGCCGCUGCUGCCUCCAGUCCCCGCAAAAACCAGUUGACUGUGUUUUAUGUCCGAACCGUGGCGGAGCAUUCAAGCAAACGAGUGACGGCCGUUGGGCACACGUGGUCUGCGCCAUCUGGAUCCCCGAGGUCUGCUUUGCCAACACAGUGUUUUUAGAACCAGUGGAAGGGGUCAAUAACAUCCCCCCAGCACGCUGGAAACUUACCUGCUACCUGUGCAAACAGAAGGGCCGUGGUGCAUCAAUUCAGUGCCACAAGGCCAACUGUUACACUGCAUUUCAUGUCACGUGUGCUCAGCGUGCUGGUCUGUUUAUGAAGAUCGAUCCUGUGCGGGAGACAAAUGUUAACGGGACCACGUUCUCUGUAAAGAAGACAGCAUUCUGUGAGGCCCAUUCACCACCAGGACAAGAGGCCGCCUCAGAUGAGGAGAAUGAAGGAAGAGUGGUGGGCAGCAGAGGGAGGGCGAGUAGAGGACGGAGUGCCUACACAGAGGGCCCUACAACACCGAAAAAAGGCAGGAAGUCUGAAGAUGAUGCCAAGACGGAUAAAAAGAAAGGGAAGAAGGACACAGAGUCAACAGCACAACACACUGCUUCACCACAAGUGACAGUGCCUCAUAUACCCACAAGCAGGCUGAAUAUCAUCUGUAAAGGAAUACUCUUCCAGAAGAAAAAUCAGUUCAUGCAGAGGCUGCAUAACUACUGGCUUCUGAAGCGUCAGUCGAGGAACGGUGUGGCGCUGGUCCGGCGUCUGCACUCUAAUGUCCAGUCCCAAAGGAAUACUGAACAGCCUGAGGUUGAUGAGAAGGUUUCUGCUGCAAGAGAAGCACUGAGAUAUUGGCAGAAGCUGCGCCAUGAUCUUGAAAAAGCCAGGCUAUUGGUGGAGCUCAUCCGCAAGAGGGAGAAACUCAAACGAGAACAGGUCAAAGUUCACCAGGCUGCUCUGGAGAUGCAGUUGACCCCAAUGUUGGUGCUGCUCCGCUCCACUCUGGACCAACUACAGGAGAAGGACACAGCCCAGAUCUUUGCACAGCCAGUCGACAUUAAAGAGGUCCCAGACUACCUGGAGUUCGUUAGCCAGCCCAUGGACUUCUCUACUAUGCGCUCUCGGCUGGAGAGUCAUGCCUACCGCUCAGUGGCUGACCUGGAGACUGACUUCAACCUGAUGGUGUCCAACUGCCUUCUCUACAACAACAAGGACACGGUCUUCCACCGGGUAGCACUGCGUCUUAGAGACUUAGGUGGAGCCAUACUGCGCCAUGCCCAACGCCAAGCCACCAACACCGGCCUGGACCUGAAUACUGGCAUGCACCUCUCAGAGUCACCUCAGAAACAAGACUUCUACAGCUGCACCUGGGAGGAUGUUGACAGUGUGCUGGAUCCCGCCAACCGGCUUCAUAUGAGCGUGGAGGAACAGCUGAAGGAGCUGUUAGAAAAGCUGGACUUUGUCACCUCCAUGCGAUGCAGCGGCGCUCGAACUCGACGCAUCCGCCUGCUCCGUCGCGAGAUCAACAGCAUCCGGUACAAGCAGGGCCAACACCCCCGCCACGGCCUCCACAACGGACAUCUAAAGGAAGAUGAUGAGGACGACGACGAUGACGAGGAAGACGACGACAAAGACGCCAAGGCAGACAAUGGCCUUUUGUCUACAGACAAAGAAGACCUUAAAUCCACUUCGCCCCCAACACUGGAACCUACAGGGCUGGCGCCUCCUCCACGACAUGAGGACACACCUCUGGAACCUCCUACCUUGCGGCCAAUCACAGGAGAGCCCCGGUCCCCCAGCUGGCCCUGCAAACGCCUAAAGAUGGAUGGAGACCUCUCAGAGAGCACCACAGAGAACAUGAAUUGCACUAAAGCACAGGAGCGGCCAGCGUCGUCGCCUCCUAUUUUGCACAGCGAAGGACAGGCUGUGGCCAACGGCCUGCCAGAGCUCAGCACCCCACCAAGACCCACCACUGGCGGAGUUGGACGACGAACCUCUGUAUUGUUCAAAAAGGCAAAAAAUGGAGCUAAGCUGUUCAGAGAGAGAGACAAUCCUUUGCUGAACGGAAAGGGGCAGCAGGACAACACCCCAAUAGCACCCUGCUCCGCAGCCAGUACCCCAUCCUCCACACCUUUGUCCACUCCAUCCAAGACCCCACAGAAAAGCCCUGGACCACCCACCCUCAAUGAACAAUGCACCCCUAGUCGAGACAUGUGCUCAGACAGUGAGCUGGAAAAGACGCCAAAUCAUGCACUGGAAAGUGGACUGACCAACGGCUUCAACAAGCACAAAGACGGCGGGUCCGACUCUGAGUACAGCCCUUGUCCAGUCCUGCACAAAGAAAUCAGCCCAACACCCAAACGAAGCCUCGGGAAACCAGCUCUUUCCAAAGUUCCCUAUCUGGAGAUCAUCAACGGAGACUCAGAUUACACUGGCAACGGCAGCCACAUGUCUGACAACGGGACGGAGUUGGAGCCUCUAGAUCUUGUGUGGGCCAAGUGUCGCGGGUAUCCCUCCUAUCCUGCUCUGAUCAUAGACCCAGACAUGCCCGAGGAGGGCCUGCUGCACAACGGGGUGCCCAUCCCCGUCCCACCCAAAGAUGUCCUCUGUCUGGGGGAGCAGAGGCAGGAGGAGACCAACGAGAGGCUCUACCUGGUGCUUUUCUUUGACAACAAGCGCACAUGGCAGUGGCUCCCACGGGACAAGGUGACGCCCCUGGGUGCAGACGACACAGCGGACAAGCUGCGAAUCAUGGAGGGCCGCAAGUCCAGCAUCCGCAAGUCUGUCCAGGUGGCGUACGACCGCGCCAUGAUCCACCAGAGCCGAGUGAGCCACAACCACGGCUUCGUGGCCUCCAACUAUCUGUAGAGGGCGCCGGCGAGAGCUGCGUGCACCCACAGUCAGCCACUAUGCAUUUCUCUGUGGUCUUAAGCCGCAGGCGGGCUGCGUCCCGCUGCGGCCCGAAUCAGUAUUCACACUGUGGUCUGAAGAGGUCGCUGCACAGCACAGAGUCCUGGACUGUUGUCGGUUACCAAACCACUAAGUGUGUGACACACAGAGCGGCCGUGUCUGCCCUGGUGUCGCUCUGGAUGUGGAGCUCCAGAUGUGAAUCCCGUUUGCUGCGGUCAGUUAGUGUUCAUUUCCUGUUUCAGGGUCGUACCGAGGUGCUAACUCCACCCGGGUGUGUUGACGCCGCGUGUGUCUGGAUCAGAUGUAAAAGAACCCCCCCCCCCCCUAUUUUGUAAAAUGCUACUGCCAAGGAAACCAAAUUGUCAGAAAAGAGAUUUGACAUAUUUUUUUGUGGUGCAGAAGACGUAUGAAUGGAUCACUGCCAUCUUUUAUACAAUAGCUUUUUACAUUUUAAUCUUUUACAAAGACACUUGUAUAUUCUAAAGGCACACUUUGUGUACAUAUGUAUGUGUAUUAUCAAACCCAAUUUAAUUUAAUGUUGCUGAUUUUAAAAAUGCGUAUUUCAAUCAAAGCCAGCAGGGGCAGUGCGAGGCUGUGUAUAUUUGUGGAGAUGAAAUAAUUCCUGACUUGCUGCAGCGUACUUAGCUUGUCUUUGAUGUAAUUUCAUUGUGCCGUGUGUGUGCGCGCGCGCAUGUGUGUACAUUCAGAGCAUACAACACAAUGAGCCAUUGUUCUUUAUAUUUGAAAUCUCUUUUUGAUACAGAGAGAAAUAAUUUAUUUAUGGAAGACAGAACUAUAGAAAUAAAGUUAUAUUGGUUAAAGUGGAGAAUUAAAUCUUAUUUAAAACAAAUGGAGUGAGGUUUUAAAAACAUGCAGCCAACAUUUUGACAUGCCGGUUUGAUGUUAAAUUAACUCGAAAUUAUCACCAUCUUUCACUGUCGGCCCCCAGAGAAUUCUAUUUAUUGUGGAGAGCCCCGUUUUAUCAAAUGGAAAAAUACACCUUUAUAAGCUUGUACUACCUGCAUUAUUUUACCUGCUCACCAAAUAUUUUGUCUGAACCAGUAUUUCCACUUUUUUGGGAAAUAAACGCUCUAUUAAAAACC